UUUGAAAUCUCCGAGUAUAAAUGAAGAGGAUGGUACUGACAGAAGAAGGAAAUUAAGGGGAAGAGGCCGGAAAGAGGAGAUCGAUAUCCUCAUCCUAGCUCUGUUUUGGAGUUUGAAUAUUUUGCUUUUACCUCUCUCUCUCUCUCUCUCUCUCUCUCUCUCUCUCUCUCUCUCUCUCUCUCUCUCUCUCUCUCUCCAAUUUCAUACUAAAUAAAAAUGAUCACUAAAGGAAGCACGCUGUUUCAGAUGAUGAAGUUCGGAGUUCUGGUUUGGCCAAAUUUACUCACCACAUAUCUCAUGUCAAUAAUGGCGACAUACCUAACUGGAGUCUGGGAGAUCAGUAUCACACACGCAGCGAUUAUUGUCAAUCUGUAUUCCGGCCUGGUAGGAAUAAUGCCAGUGGGCUUGAAACUAUUAGUGGAUACGUUCAUCGGUAGCUUCUGGGUGGUAUUGCUGUCAAGGUUUGCAUUCGCCGCUGGUUUGGUCCUUUUGACGAUGUCAACGCCACCGGUCCUUUCUCGUGCAACAGGGACUUGCAAUUCAUAUGAUCCUGAGUGCAUUGGCCGAGUUCAAAGAAUUCUCUUUUACACAGGAUUGCCUCUAAUAGCUGUUGGAGUCGCCGGUCACUUAUCCUCGUUAAUGGAGUUCGUGGAAUCUCAGAUACCGCCACCAACAUAUGAACAGUUGCUUCCAUCUCAAUCUAAUGUGUCCAAGCCAGAAGCAGAUGAAAAUGACCACUUGUUGUGCCAAAUACGUUCAUGGAAGGGUUUCUUCUUUGUGAUGCUAUCGCUGUUGGUCCCUGGAGUUGCAAUAGCGAUAAUUGGGUAUGUCAAUCCGUGGUCUUUCAAGUUUGGGAUCCCAGCCACAUUUACCGUGGUAUCAAUACUUAUUUUCACAUCUGGCUUAUGUUCAUAUGAACGUCCUAAACCAGACCCGAGCAUCUUAUCUAGAGUGUUCAGGAAAUUUGACACAAGAAGCAUCAUAUGGUUCAUUCCCUUAUGCAUGAACUUUGUCCUAAUAGGUGUUGUGCUUUCGGUUGGUAGUACGUUCUUCAUAGAACAAGCAACCGAUUUAAACCCUUAUGUUGGGAAGUUAUUGAUUCCUAUUCUAAUUCUCCCAGCAAUGCAAGAGCUGACCAAGAAAAUUUGUGCAGGGCCAAUAGAAAUAUUUGCCCGCCUUCCUGAUUUGUCAAUUUUAUGGUCAAUAAUAUUUGCCGCUCUAAGUUGUAUAACAGCUGCAAAAGUGGAGACCCGAAGGUUAAACGUGGUUAAGAGCUAUGGUGUUCUUGAUGAGCCUGAGAAAAUAAUUCCAAUGACUUUGUUCUGGUUGGUUCCGCAGUUCGCUCUGCUUGGUUUGGCCGAAGAGCUUGCAGAUAAAACCCUUCAGAAUGUCUUCGUAAUUCAGGUGGAACCCCGAACACUUUUUGAUUCUGUGCCAGCUUUCUUGAUUGGUUUGAAAAUAUUCCUUAAGCUAGACAUAAAUGAUGACGAGGAAACCAAAGAAUCCAAUCGGAAAGUGAUGGUACGAUUUAAGGAAACUAUGCGAUCCAGGCGUGCUUAUAAGGAGAGUUUAGCUCAGGCAGUUAAAGGAGUCGGAAUCAUAUGCGGAGUGCUGUCAGUUUAUCUGGUUGGUCAGAUCAGUUCCAUAGGAGGGAAACCUAGUUGGUUUCAGUACACCAUAAACAGAAGCCGUUUGGAUAAUUACUACUGGACCUUGGCUGCAUUAUGUGCUACUAAUCUAUUUUGUUUCAUGUUCCUGAAAUGCAAGUAUCCCCAAGAUCCUGAACUACUUCAGUACCAGCAUGAGUGUCGGGAACAUACAAAACUGGUGCAAGGAUUAGAGGAACUUGAAGACCCUGAUCUAGUAUCGGAUGACGUAAAAGCCAAGUGGACUGCUAUUUAUAAUCAGAUGGCUACAGAGCACCCCGAUUGGUGAUGUAAUCCCAUUGGUUUGAUACAUCGAUAUUUCACUGUUUGUUUGUUUGUUUGUUGUAUCUUUUAUAGACUACAUUUUAUGGCCUUCCGAGAGAUCAUAUAUCUCUUUCAAUAUGCGCAGUGUGUUGUAAGAAUGAAACAUUUCUGAACAUUUCGCUAGUUUACUUUGAGAGGUUUUGGUUUUGUUCCCCUUGAAAGAACUCAGAAUGAGAAGAUAAGCUUGUAUAUUUUCCAUUCCUCACAGCAUUGUUAUAUACAGACUUAUAGACCAAUCUAGAUCCUAAGAAUCAGCAAUUUGUAUAAUUACAAUCAAUAUAAACAUGAUCACAGGAAGAGAUUGAAAUCUUGGGCUGUAAUGUUGCUGAUCCUUGUGCCUUUAUGUUGCUGAUUUAGCAUGAUCUGAGGAAUUGAAUGAAGAGGAGGAAUCAGAGGAUGCGUUUGGGAUUGUAUCCUUAAUACCUCCCCGCAAGCUGAUGGUCCGAGAACAGACAUGAAGCUUGUCAAUGAUAUAUUGAAAGCGAGCAGCAGACAGGCCUUUGGUGAACACAUCUGCGAGUUGAUCGUGUGAGGAGAUAUAACCAACUGUGAUUUCUUUUCGUGUCACCUUCUCCGUGAUAUAAUGGUAAUCAACCUCGACAUGUCGU